AUGGCCGCUCCAGUCGAGAUGGCCGAGAGCAACAUGCCGGCCUUGCCCGCUCGCCACGAUGACUUUGUCACGUACAUCGCAGCUCACAAAGACAAGCCAAUGCGGGAACUCUUGGAGCCGUAUAAGCAGUAUGAGAACGAGAUGCGGAAGGUGUUUGCGCAGCACCCCGAGCACCCUGCCAUUCGGACGCCAAAUAUCGUGCCACUCUUCGGCCGUGACCAGGAGAAGGACAUCACCAUACGAGCCCGAGACCUGGAUACCGAAACUGUGGCGGAGAAAGAAGCCUACAUAAUGCCGCUGAAGGAUGAUCAACGCUUGCCGACCGGCUCACCAGCUGUCGUGCAAUCGUUGAAAGAGUUCCGGAACAAUCUCAACAUCUUCACUGAGUCUUCCCUUGCUGACAUGGACUGGUCGAACGUGGUUGCUGCUGGUUCUGCUGUGGUUACUUCUCUGUUGAAAGUGCCAGAGAAGCAUGCUGGAACGAAACGUGCACUUCGGCAGUACUAUCAUGAGCAAUUGGCACCAGCAUCGGAUGUGGACCUUUUCUUGUACGGCCUGGACGAGGAGCAAGCGCUGGAGAAAAUCAAGCAGAUCGAAGCCAACAUCCGAGACGCCUUGCUGGUUGAGACGACGACUGUGCGUACCAAGAAUGCUCUUACUAUCGUCAGCCAGCACCCCGUUCGACAUAUACAGGUGGUCCUGAGGAUGUACAAAUCCAUCUCGGAGAUCCUGUCCGGCUUUGAUGUCGACUGUAGUUGCGCUGCAUAUAACGGUCACCAAGUGUAUGCCACGCCUCGCGCAUUGGCAGCGUACAUGACGCAGAUCAAUACCAUUGAUCUCAGCCGUCGCUCGCCUUCCUACGAGAGCCGUCUUUCCAAGUACGCCCACCGGGGAUUCGAAGUGUACUGGCCACAUUUGGACCGCUCUAGAGUUGAUCCGACAAUCUACGAGAGAUCUUUUGGGCGAACCGAGGGACUCGCUCGACUGCUCAUUUUGGAGAAGCUACCCAGGAGCGAGGAUCGCGAUGCCUAUCUUGAUCAGCGACGUGCUGAGCGCGGUCGUCCGGCCAUCAAUCGAUGGCGUGUGCAGCGACGCAAUUUGCGCGGCAACAUCAAGGACGCUCACGAAGACGAAGUAGCCGAGUGGGUCGAUGCUGAGGAUGUUUCUGACUAUCAUACUUUCACCAUUCCGUAUGGACCAAAGUACCAUGCUCGCAAGAUUGAGAAGCUCAUCUUCACGAAGGAUAUUCUCCUGAAUGCCGAGUGGAACCUGCCCAAAGACCGCGAAGUCCACCUACAUCGCCAUCCGGCCUUCUUCGGGAGCGUCGAGGACGUCAUUCAUGACUGCUGUGGCUACUGCCCGGAUCCUAAGACGGACGAAGAGGCCGAAGUUGCUCAGGCAGAGAACAAGAUCUAUGUGUCCGGCCAGAUUUCGUUUCUGAGAGAUAAUCCUGGAAGACAGACGAUCGGUUCUUUCCACCCGCUCACGGCCGACGACUGGACUGAGAUGGCAUACGUUGGGAAUACUGCCAGACUGUGUCAAAGCAUAGUAGAUGGCGACGUGGAGGAUGUCCAGACUUGGCUGGAGCAGGAUGGCAACGAUCCCAACGCACGCGACUUUACCGGACGCACUCCGCUUCAUUUGGCCGUCACCAGCUCGACACCAGAGAUUGUACAAGUGUUAAUCGAUAACGGUGCCCGUCUGGUUGCUCGACUCGUGGACGGCAGGACUGCACUUCACUUGGCUGCAAUUCGUGGUAGCGUAGAAAUGGUGUCAGCGUUGUUGCGUAAGAGUGCAGCGAAUGAGGAAGAAGAAGAGAAGAAAGUCGAUGCCAGAAGGGCUGCUCGAGCGGAGCGACCGUCGACCGAACUCGAAGACCUCGACAUCGACAUCGUGAACGAUGCUGAUGAAGAUGAGGACGGCAACAUCGACGCCACUACCGAAAACUCCAUGGUCAAUAUCAAGUCGCCUCCUGCUAACUCGGAUGACAAAGUACUAAACGGCGACGAUGAAGAAGAAUCUGCGGAUAUCUACGACGUCAACGUUCUAGCAUGGGACACUGCCAUCUCGCCUCUUCAUCUUGCGAUCAUCAAUGGUCACCUUGACCUUGUGCGAGUAUUGGUCCAAGAUUUCGGCGCAGACGUCUUACUACCAGUCAAGCUCUUUCACGAUCACGACAAAUCUGCCCGAGCAGCGAUUCUGACGCUCGUUCUGGCUCUUCGGUUGCCAUCCGAACAAGCAGAUGCCAUGUCACGCCUCUUGAUCCAGCUCGGAGCAUCUUCUGCGCAGGCUGACAUUCAUCAAAACACGGCUCUGCUAUACUCAAUCGCCGAGCAGCCAGCUUUGACCAAAGUCUUCCUUGAUGCCGACAAGGUCGGAACAGGCCGAGCAAUCAACCACUUGGCUGCCCAGAGCUUCUAUUCGUCGAACCUGAUUGUCCAAAGUCCAUUGCUGGCCGCGAUUCAAGCCAAGGACAGCUCGACUGCGCUCCUCCUAUUGACUGCGGGCGCCAAUUCCGACAUCGAUUUCGCUGCAUACAUGAAGGCCCACAAGACUGUAUUGGAGCCAGCAUCAGAUACAAAGACCAACCAGACCAAAUUCCGCAAAGACGUGGAGCAGCCUGUCACUUCUGCUGUCGAGUGCGAAUUGCCGGAGCUUGCUACAUCCCUGAUUACGGAGUACGGAGUUGAUGUCAAUACCAUCUCACCGGCGGGGUGGGCGCACAUCAAUCAGGACCACUGGAUGUUCGGUGGUGGCAAAAAAGCUACCAGUUUGCUCGAUGAAGUGGAGGAGAAGAUUAAGCAACUCAAAACGUGGAAACCAGAUGACCAGAAGAUCCAUGCUCCUAUCCCUCUCAAGGACGAUUUCGAAUACCUUGAGGGCUUGCAAGAAGGCACGUAUGCGUUGUGGACCGCUCAGUCUCAGAUUGCAGCAGCGAAACGAGGUUACAAGUCCAAGCUUACAACCUACAAAAACCUGACUGCAGAGAAUGACGAGGACGCCGGCGUACCCGAGAAGCAAGCAGCUGUUGACGCAAUGCGGGAGCGCUUCGAGGAGUUGAGGAGAGUCCUCAUUGAGCGAGGAGCCAAGACAUUCAGAGAACUCCACUCUGAAGUCAAAGAGUCUGGUAACCAAAUUUACCGGCCAUACGAAUAUAGACCGUAUGUGGAACCUGCCUUCAAGGUCAACUUCAGUCUCAAGCUGCCUGAUCUGACGGAUGAGCGACAAGAGAGAUACAUUGAUCUCUUUGAGGCUGCUUGGAACGGUGAGAUAUCCGCGGUGAAACAGCUCACCUUGAUGACAUGGAACAACAAAGAUGGCGAAACUCAACCUCCUUUACAAGUCGCUGUCAAGGACUCAAGGGACCACUCGCCGUUCUCCAUUGCUAUCGCAAGAGGACAUCUGGAGCUUGCCGCGGCUAUCAUGGCAAUUGCUCAGGCACAAUACAUGCCACCUGACGAAUCUGCCAAGCAGCGCUUCGUUCUCGAUGGCGGUGCUGGCGAGAACGAUGAAUCGAACGAUUCUGGUUCGGACAGUAGCAGCGUUGAGCUGGCCAGCGAGUCGAUCGAUCCAAAUUUCACCGUGGAGAACGUUGGCGAGAUCUCGCUUCAGGUGAAAAGCCGCGUCAAGCCACUCGCAAUGAUGAUGUGGCGAUGCUGCAAUCUGAAAGAGUUCCUGCCUGAAGCCGCAAAGCGAAGCACGCCGAGAAAGCUAUUUCCAAACACGGUGUUGUCGUUCGCGGUGCACGCUGACGAUGAAGAACUACUCGACUUCCUGCUUUCGCUUGGCGAAAGAUAUUCUGAGUCGCAGGAUUCGGAGGAGAGCGACACAGACUUCUUCGACAUGCUGGAUCACGACUUCCAGGAGACGCUACGCCUUGACCGUCCGCAUUUGCUUGCACAUCUGAUCCAACGCUCUGCGACUGGAGCUCCCAUCCGCGAUUUGAUCAAGCGAUCUGGAGUGGAGACGAAAGAAAAGCCAAAGUACUAUCAAGGAUUGUCAGUGCACGGCAAGAAGCGAAAGGACUGGGCUGCUCGACCUCGCAAGACUCGACGUGAUUACGGCGCCGGGCCCAUUGACAAGGACACCGCACCCGUCCUUCAAGCUGCUUAUUACGCUUCCAUUCAGAGCGUAGAAUGGCUACUGAGCGAUGCUCCUGCACGAUGCUACUCCGAAUUCGCGGAACGCCACCCGGAACAUGUCAGAGUCAAAGCCUUAUCCCAGGCCGAGAGCGGAUUCGAUGGCUCGGUACAGCAGUUCCUCAACGCUCGUGUUCAUCUUGCCAUUCAUUGCGCUGUCUUAGCUUCGCCUACACCCAAAUCUGCCGCUGUCCUGCGGUAUCUGGUCAAAGUCAUGCCAGAAGCAAUCGAUGCCAAAUCGGCCGACGGUCUCACCCCUCUACUCAUUGCGUUCCGGCUCGGCCGCCAAGAUGCUGCCGCCAUCUUGAUUGAAGCUGGAGCAGACCAGACCAUCCGCGAUGAUGAGGGCAGGAACCUUGUUCACUCAUUGCUGAUGAAUUCCUUCACCUCGAGCGCCCAUGUGCAAAGACUUCGCACGAUGUUUGAUCUCAUCGACGACCGACUCCUGGCGGACAUGCUCAUGGAGCGCAGCACAGCGGCACCAGGCGCAUUGACACCUCUGGCGCAAUGGACUCAAAGCGCCAUCUACUUCGCGCACAACUGGCAAUCCUUCAACGAUGAUGCCGUACGUCUCCUGCUGCAAUAUAGCAAAGGCAUCGAGCUCAGCAUCAUCAACGGUGAAGGCCACACACCACUCCACGUCGCUGUUCGAAGCAAGAUGAAGUCUCUCACGAAGAUCAUCCUGGAACACGAUCCUACUCUACUUCUCCGCGAAAAUACUACAGGCCGAACGCCGUUCGAGAUGGCUGAAGACGCGGACAUUGCGGCUGCAGUCCAGGAUGUUCCCGCACUACCGUCUAGUCGCAACCAAAUCUACCGUCGCCGCCAGAUUACAACCUUGAGCAAACCGAUCUGCGAACGUGAGGCGAAGACAUUCCUGCCGGGGUAUGGCGUCCAGGAGCUGUCGAAACAUGAGGCGAUUUUGAGAAUGAUGAGGGAAGCGAAGGCGAGGCUCGAAGAGGAGGGCAGAGCGAAGAGGAGACUUGUGACGUUGAAUGAGGCGAAUGAGGUUGCGAGACGCCUGGCGGCGCGCAAGACUAACCAGCCGAUACGAUCUGAUGCGGAUGGUACCGAGCCAGAGUCGAGACAAGGUGAUGAGGUGAGGGAGUGGCUUCAAAGGGCGCAGAUCGAGUUCGAGUGA